CUCUCUUCUUCCAUAGGGGAUUCUAUGCUGCACAGCCUGGUGGUCGUAACAGGCUGCAGUUCAGUGGGAAAAGUCCAGGAUUCAGAAGUUUUCCGAGUAACAGGCACUGACUUUGUCUCUCUGAAAAAUGACCCCUCGGAUGAGGACCGCAUUGCUGAUGUCAGGAAAGUCUUAAACUCUGGUAACUUCUAUUUUGCCUGGUCCUCCACCGGAGUGAGUCUGGACCUCAGCUUGAACGCGCACCGCAGAAUCAGAGAAGACAUAUCUGACAAUCGUUUUUUCUGGAAUCAGUCCCUCCAUCUCCAUCUCAAGCAUUAUGGGGUGAACUGUGAUGACUGGCUGCUGAGAUUGAUGUGUGGCGGAGUGGAGAUCCGCACCAUCUAUGCUGGCCACAAGCAGGCCAAAGCUUGCGUGAUCUCUCGGCUCAGCUCGGAGAGAGCAGGCACACGUUUUAAUGUCCGAGGCACAAAUGACGAUGGCCAGGUGGCCAACUUUGUGGAGACUGA